GAGAUAAGAGUCCAGUCAGUUGGAGGCGAGCCGGCGACCAGAGAGCGCUAUCCCACCAAGGACGCACAUCGUCGUGUCAGCCGGCCCUCUGGCCCCCGGCCAUCACCGAGCCCGCGCCACUCGAUCGAAAAAGCCAAGAGAUGUGCCGAGCGCGGCCCUGCUGGCUGCCGACGGCGCUGCUGCUCCUCGCGGUCUUGGCGCUUUCGCGGCUCGAGUGCCAAGCCGCCGGCAACGAGUCCAAUAUCCUCCGACUGGGCAGGCCAAGAAGCACCGGGCCCACUAGACUCGAGCUGCCGCUCAAUGCGAGCGAUCCCGGGGCGUCGUCGCGGCCCCGUCACGAAUUCAGCCAGAACAAUCCGGAGCUGGACUGGAGGAGCCAGGUGCGGAAGGUCGCCGAGCUCGAGGAGAAGACAAGGCCCAAGGAGCUCGACCUCGACUUCAUGAAGGACAGACUAGAGAAGAACGCCAAUAGCAUCCAGUGGCUCGCCGACCUUUACGAUCCGCUGCGAUGGACGAAAAUACCCGGGGAUAUUAGCGACGAGUGCCGGGACGAUAUGACCCUCUUCUUGAACGACCUUAAGAGAGGGAAAUUGUGGGCUGCCAAGUUGUCGGACGCGAGCGGCCGCUACUCCUCCCAGUAUCACUUCGGAAACGGCUUCUGGCUGGGCUCGAGCACCUUGUGCCGGGAGCUCAAUGGCACCGAGGCCAGAGCCGGCCGCCCAUUCAACGACAGCCUCCCGUUCCACGUGCAGUUCUACGUCACGCGCAUGUUCUUCAUGCUGCCAAGCGACAUCGAGACCUCGACCAGACAGGUAUUCAUCGGAUUAUGUCUGCCGAGCUCGUGCGAUCAUUCGUCGGUCAAGUCGAUGUUAAGGGCCUGCGCCGACAGGGUCGAGCGUCAGGGCGAGGCGACUCAUCGAUCCGGCGAUCCGAAAAUCCACAUCGUCCAAGUAAGGCGCGUGCCGUCCAGCGACUACUCACCCUGGACUGAUCCAAAGUUCCACGUUCUCGCCGGCAUAAGCGGCGCAACGCUCCUCCUCAUGGUCUGCGCGACGAUCUACGAGCAACGGGGAGGCAUCACCGGCUCGAAACCGCGGCGCGACGUCGAGUCCCUCAGCGCCUCCAACAAUAAUGAGCGUCUGGCCGAGUACGCGGACAAGAAUCUCGUGGUCGAGGAGCUGCGCAUCGGCUGCGACGGCUCGCCCGCCCAAGACAACAGCAAGGAACUCAUCGAGAAGGCCAAGGGCUCCAAGUGCCUCUCCACCGAGACUGACAAGGCUGAUGCGCCCACGAUGGAAAAAGGGAUCCUGCUGAGCUGCCUCCUCGCCUUCAGCCCCAUCACCAACGGCAGCAAGAUCAUAAGCACCGAGCCCGCGACCAAGACCAGCCUCACGUGCCUGCAUGGACUCAGGGUCCUGUCGCUCGGCUGGGUAGUCAUGGUUCACACUUACCUCCAGGUCUUCUCCAUUGCAGAGAACAAGAUUUUGCGCACUGUCACCGAGAGGAACUUCAUGUUCCAGACGAUCAGCAACGCCACGUUCUCCGUCGACACGUUUUUCUUCAUCAGUGGUUUACUGGUGACUAUCCUGUUCUAUCGGUCGAUGGGAAGUUCGCCGGCCGAUAAGGACAACUUCGUCAAGGCGAGCACGAGCAAGUUCGUUAUCAUGAUCCUCUACAGAUUCGUUCGGCUCACGCCCUCCUACCUGUUCGUCCUCGGGAUCAACGUGAUCGCCAUGAAGUACGCCAUGUCUGUGACUGUCUUCUCGCCUCAGAUCAUCGAUCACAGCACGUGCGAGCAAUUCUGGUGGAGAAAUGCCCUCUACGUGAAUUCCCUUUAUCCUCGCACCGAAAUGUGCAUGCUGUGGAGCUGGUACAUGGCGAAUGACAUGCAGUUCUACGUCCUCGGAAUCUUCCUGCUGCUGCUCUCGGUGAGGCACUUCCGCGCGGUCGUGGGGGCCGUGCUGCUGCUGAUGGUUUCCUCCUGGUUCACCACCUUCUCGAUCGCCUACAGGAACGAUUACGUGGCUAGGAUUCAGGAACCCUUCGCCUUGUUCGACGAACUAUACGACAAACCUUGGCUGCGGGCCGGACCGUACUUUAUCGGCACAAUGACCGGUUAUGUUCUCUUCAAAACCAACUGCAGCAUCAAGAUUUCGCUGCUGUUCCGGACGAUCGGCUGGAUCGGCUCGUCUCUGAUAAUGUGCUCGCUGGUCUACGGCCUCUACCCGGAGAAUCUCAGCGUGACGGUGAGCUCGGUGUACGCGAGCCUCGGUCACACCGCCUGGGCCAUCGCCGUCAGUUUCAUCGUGAUCCAGUGCUGCACCGGGGCCGCGCCCCUCGUCGACAAACUCCUCUCCCUCAGGAUAAUCUAUCCCCUGUCGCGACUCACCUACUGCGCCUACCUCGUCCACCCGAUGAUCAUGAUGUUCACGUCCACGCAAAUGGACGGCCCGCUGCACCUACACAAUGGCAUUGUCCUCAUUGUGUACUUCGGAAACUUCGUCGCCUCCUACUUAAUGGCAUUUUGCAUAUCCGUAGCUUUCGAAGCGCCCAUCGUCAAUUUGCUUAAAUUAAUCCUAUCCCCGAAAAAGAGAGCGAGGUAAGGUGAAAGAGCCUUCCUAAAAUUCCUCGAGAGUAUUCAACAGAGUUGGUAUGCGAAAAUAUUUAAUGAACGUUGCGUACUACAUAACUUCGGAGCUGAAAAGGAUAAUUAUCGAUUCAUUAUCUUGAUUCUUCGGCCAUAAAUAUCGUAAAAAGAUCAGGAUAUCGUCGAAUUUAUAAACCAAAAAUAUCAGUAUUCGCUAGAGCAGAGUUCGCACUUUUAUGUUUUGUCAGGGAUAAUCGCAAACUUGUCAUUGGAUUGUCUGCGUGGAGAUUUUAGAUUUCAUAAUUUACCAAAAAGCUUUUAUCUCCAUUGCAAUAUGGACGCACCUGAACAAAAGAGACGAAAUUUAAAAGCUAAUACAAAAGGGCACGUCCGCGAGUAUCGUACGGAUGGAGACAAAAUUUUUUCCGCCCAAGCGCUCGUUUAUCUGUGUAUAAAUGCUCGCACUAGCGGAACUUAAAGCCGGUUCUGCAAUUGUUCUCGAAAUUAAAGUAUCGUUCACUAUUCAAGUUCAACCGAGUUAAAACGAUAAGAGUGAAAACACACGUUAAAAUGGUGAGA